AUGGCACAAAUCCCAGAGACCCAGACCGUCGCCCUUGUCCGUACCCUCGGUGGCAAUGUCGAGUUCCUCGAGAAGCACCCUGUUCCAAGAGCCGGUCAAAACGAAGUAUUGGCUAAAGUACUCUACACGGGAGUCUGCCAAAGUGACCUGCAUACCAAAAAUGGUACCGCGGCUGGUGCCGACGGCAACCCUAUCACGAAGAUCAAGCUUCCACAUAUUGGUGGACACGAAGGCGUCGGACGUAUCGUGGCUGUAGGCCCCGGCUGCGGACAAGACUUGAAAGUGGGAGGACUUGUCGGGAUCCGGUUUUCAAGUCGCAUCUGCCGACGCUGUGAAUUCUGUCUUGCGGGGACGGAGCAGUAUUGUGUGAAGGGCACGAAUCAUUUACAUCAUGAGGAUGGGUGCUUCCAAGAGUAUAUUGCAUUGGAUGCGGACUAUUUGACCAUUCUACCGGAUGAUCUUGACCCAAGUGUCAUUGGGCCGGUGCUUUGUGCGGGAGUCACGGCUUAUAAAGCUGUUUUGAACACGAAUGUCAGGGCCGGAAACUGGCUGGUCGUCGUGGGCGCUGGAGGUGGGCUUGGUCAUUUAGCUGUACAAUACGCAAAAGCCCAAGGAGCACUAGUAAUCGGGGUCGACGCCGCAGACAAGCGUGACUUUGUUCUCAGGCUCGGUGCUAAACAUUUCAUCGACUUCAAAUCCACUGACCCGGCAAAGCGCGUUCAAGAGAUUACUGGACUGGGAGCGCAUACGGCAGUGGUCACGGCCGGUAGUGCAAAAGCGUAUGCGCAUGCGUGUGACAUGCUGCGUGUUGGUGGUACGCUGAGCUGUAUCGGGAUUCCAAUGGGGCGCCCGUGCUUGGAAACUCCUAUCUGCAGCGUUGUGAUCAAGGGUCUACGUAUUACUGGUAAUCUGGUUGGGUCAUUGAAGGAAUGCUUGGAAGCGGUAGAUUUGGUUCGUAGAGGUGUGGUGGUACCAGAGAUCAAGAUUCGGGAGUUCAAAGACUUGCCGCAGGUAUAUGAUGAGAUGGAGAAGGGUGACAUUGCUGGGAGGAUCGUGCUGAAGAUUGGCGAGUAG